UACUGCUAUGUCGAUGUCAGGGUUAUGUGCUCUUGAGCCAAAAACACCACUGGAGAGCACACAGCGACUGAGAGAGAGGACUUUGACUACAUGUGAACAUUUGUCCUGUGGACCAAUUACGCACCGAAAUGAGACAGUUGGGCCUCUAAAUUACAAGAGUACUGCGGUCGCCAAUGGUGACUGUAUCCACACUCGAGUACCAGCAAUCUGUGAGGACAAUGGUGCGGCCCAUUGGCAGUGGUCAGUUGGGCCUUUCCAAGGUUUAACAAGGUAUUAGUGAGGUGAUUCCAAACUAUACAGUUUAUUGUGAGGCUGGGCACUGACUGUCACCAAUGACCGUCACCUACACGGCCAGGGUGGCAAAUGCUCGCUUCUGUGGCUUUUCCAAGUUGCUUUUGGUGUGGAAAGGAAGUAUCUACAAGGUGUUGUACAAGGAGUUCCUGGCUUUCUUUGCCAUGUACACGGCCAUUAGCAUCACAUACAGAUUCUUCCUACCUGAUGAUCAGAAGAGGUAUUUUGAGAAGCUGGCAAUUUAUUGCAACCACUAUGCCAGUCUCAUCCCGAUGUCCUUUGUACUAGGUUUCUAUGUGACCCUAGUGGUGAACCGCUGGUGGAACCAGUACACCAGCAUCCCUCUACCCGAUCAGCUCAUGUGUGUCCUCUCGGGGGGCCUCCAGGGCAGUGACGAGCGGGGCCGCCUGCUCAGACGCACCAUGAUGCGCUACGCCAGUCUGUCGGCCCUGCUCAUCCUCAGAUCUGUCAGCACGGCCGUCUUCAAGCGCUUCCCCACCAUGGACCACGUGGUGGAGGCAGGAUUCAUGACCAGAGAGGAGCGCAAGAAGUUCGAAGGCCUCCAUUCUCCCUAUAACAAAUACUGGAUCCCUUGUGUGUGGUUCACCAACCUGGCUGCUGUGGCUCGCUGUGAGGGCCGCAUCAAAGACGACCAUACGCUGAAAUUGCUACUGGAGGAACUGAAUGUGUUCAGGGGAAAAUGCAGCAUGCUGUUUCACUACGACAUGAUCAGCGUUCCCCUGGUCUACACUCAGGUGGUGACUUUGGCCGUGUACAGUUUUUUCCUGGUGUGUCUAAUUGGUCGUCAGUUCCUGGAUCCCGAUCAAGGUUAUCCAGGACACGACCUUGACCUCUAUGUGCCAAUCUUCACCUUACUGCAAUUCUUCUUUUACGCUGGGUGGCUCAAGGUUGCAGAGCAGCUGAUCAACCCUUUUGGAGAAGAUGACGAUGACUUUGAAACAAAUUGGUUGAUCGACAGAAACUUCCAGGUGUCCAUGAUGGCGGUGGACGAGAUGUACGGAGAUCUGCCCAUGAUGGAACGGGACCGCUACUGGAAUGACUCGAACCCCAGACCCCCCUACACAGCUGCAACUCUCUUUGUCCUUCGCAAGCCCUCCUUUCAGGGCUCUACUUUUGACAUGGCGAUUCCCAAAGAGGAGAUGCACUUCCAGCCCCUGGAGGAGAUAGCGGAGAACAUAGAGGAGUCAGUCAGCCGUCACCCCAACAUGGCUCUCUUCAACCGUCUCCUUAAUGCGGCCCCCUCGCCCAGCGGCCUCAUGGGCGGAGCUCUGCGACGCACCUCGGCCCAGCUGCAGCAGCUCCACCACUCCCCCAGCAUUGACCAGUGCAUCAGUGACGAUGACGACAGUGAGAGUUGUAAGAUAGGUAAAGGGGGGUCUUUGCCGUCUGGAUUGGGGCAAGACACCCAGAGCACUAUUUGCAGUUUCAGGGAGGAGAAGAGCGCCAGAGUGCCUCUGCUGGACAUUCAGUUUGAUGGGCCAGCAGCGGACACCAUCAGCCAGAGGGAUCAGAGCACGAGGAAGUACGGACAAGGGGUGGAAAAUGGCCACACAAGGGAGGAAGAAGAGAAGACGGACAUCCAGCCUCCUUCUCCUCCUUCACCUCCUUCUAGAGAAACUCCACCAGCCUCCGCUAUUCCCAUCACCCCACAACACCUCUCUGCUUUCCUAUUUAACCCCUCUUCCUCUCAUCUGGAGCACUGCAGCUCCCAGCCCAUCAUCAACCACCACAGACUUGUGCCCACCACUGCCAAACCUUCUUUGGGUCAGCACAAAAACUUCCUCACUGUGCCAUCUUUUGAGCCCCAGCGCUUCCGAAGUGUCAGCAUGGGAUCAGAGCUGACUGGGACUUAGGUGCGCAACACUUACACAUCGUAGGACAUUUGCUACUAUAAUGCUGCAUUCAAUGCACCUGAAAUUAAUCAUAUAAAUACAGUGCAUAAUUCUGCAAUCACAGCCCCUGAAAUUUGUCGAUUUUUGGUUACAAAAUAGUUGUUUUUCUGUCAAAAUAGACCGCCUUUUCUGCAGAAAUCAUAUCCCAGUCACCAUAAGUUGGUAAUAACUUAUAAACAUGUGAUAAUGCAGGUAAAAUGUACAGCAACCACUGUUAGAAAACCCCACAAUUUGGACACGUUUAUGUCUUCAUGCUUCACUGAUAAUGUUUUUCAGUCAAGCAUUGAGAUUUCGCACAUUGCUCGGCGGUCCUUGAACACACCAUCUUUGCUUUUGAGCCGCAAAAGUGAAACAAUCCGGCCUCAAAACGUGCAGUGAGGUGAACACUAAUGGAUAUGAUUAGAAGUUGUUAAAGUGGACAAAAUGAGUUUCCUCCUUAGGGUGGCUGGGCUUUCCCCGAGAGAUAAGGUGAGAAGCACUGUCCUCCGGGAGAAACUCCGAGUAGAAUCGCUGCUCCUUCGCAUUGAGAGGAGCCAGAUGAGGUGGCUUGGGCAUCUUGUCAGCAUGCCUCCCAGAGGCCUCCCUGGGGAGGUGUUCAGGACAUGUCCGACUGGUUGAAGGCAUCGGGGAAGACCCAGGACACGUUGGAGAGACUUAUGUUUCUCAACUGGCCUGGGAACGCCUCGGGAUACGCUGGGAGGAGCUGGAUGAAGUCUGGGCUUCCGCCAGCGACCCGACCUCGGAUAAGCGGUUGAAGAUGGAUGGAUGGAUGGAUGGAUGGAUGGAUGGAUAUAAGUUGCUAAUGGAAUUACAAUAGCUGAGCAGUGUGUCUCAAAGAAGCGCCUUCUUCCACAGCUAUCUGGGACAACCCAGGGGCCUGGAGAGCCUGGGGAGCCUCGUACUACCGCUAGCCUCUAGCCUAGUGAGGUGGAGGCAGUCCUACAAAAGACGUAAGUGCAGUUGUCGUGCUAGCGCGUGACUCCGAGUCAUCUGUUCUAUCAACCAUCAUUAUCAUUCAUUAGUGGAAGGACUGCACCGGGCCUGGAGGUCUGAGGUCUUCGUACACAGUCUGCUGCCGUAGAGCAAAGGACUGCAUGGAGCAAUAUGGGCUUUGAGAAGAAGUUCCUCCUCCUGCUCCCGGCGGAACUUUGAAUUCUCUCCCCGACGAUGCUGUCGCAAGAAGAAAUUCAUCAGUGUUUCUCUCGAAAGCCACACAGCUCGGAGAAGCAGCAGAGGCUGUAGACACAAACCCACCUCUGCCAUCCUGGUAUCACAUUGACUGGCCUUCUUCUCACUCGUCAUGAUCACCGAGCUCUGCACAAACCAAGCUGAUACACUUGAAACCAUCUCAAAAAUAAAGUUGUUACA